CAAACGCAGCAAGCCUAAUUAGCCAAAACUAUAUAAACCCUAAUAGGUUAAAAACCUAAAACCCUUCUCUCUUACAGUUCAGUACUUACUCUCUCUCCUACAGUCCAGCACUUUCGCUCACCACACACCCUCUCUCUCUGCCAAGAGAGAGGAGGUGAGAUGGCCUUGGACAAAAAUAAGCUUGAAGAGGAAGCCUCUAUUCUUCGUUUCUACAAAAUAGUUCUGACUUGGGACUAUCUACGCCUCCUCAAAGAAGCCAACAACAAAAAAAGCAAAGACAUUGGGGACAAAAAUGAUUUGGGUCUGAAGCAAGUGAAGGGCACUUACAAAGAUGUUGAUGAAUAUCUUGCAACAUUUGAGCCACUGCUAUUUGAAGAAGUGAAAUCUCAGAUCAUUCAAGGAAGAGACGAGGAAGAUGUAACAGAUUGUAAGACUUGGAUGAUGGUAGAAUGCAACGAAUCCAAUGGAUUUCACUUACCAAGGAUGUUUCGUGAUGGCAGUCACGGGGAUUCAGUAUCACAAAAUGAUCUAUUACUGCUUUCAAAGGAGAAGUUUGGAGAAGGUAAAGAACUCCCAAGUACAUAUGCUUUUGCAUUGGUAGAGCAUCGUCAGUCAGACUGUUUUACGCUUAGAAUGCAUUUAAGUGGAGAAGUUGAGCGAGCAGAUAAAGCUGAAGUGAAAUAUUGUGAGAGGCUGUCAAAGAUGCGUGCUCAGAUUAUAGAAAAUAAGAAGCAGUGGUUCACUAUGAAGAUUUGCAGUCUAUCAACUAUUGUUCGUGAAUAUGUUGCACUACGGUCAGUUAGCUCCCUCCCGUUCAAGGAUUUAAUAUUAAUGGCUGCUGAAACCAAUCAAAAUUCUGAAGAUCGGGCAUGGACAAUUUCUAGACCGCUGGUGGAGUUCAUUGAAAGUAAUCACAAUAAAUCUCAACAGGAGGCAAUACAUGCUGGUCUUUCACGUAAAUCAUUUGUCCUCAUACAGGGGCCCCCAGGAACAGGAAAAACACAAACUAUCCUUGGGCUCCUUAGCGCCAUUUUGCAUGCAACUCCAGCACGAAUACAUUCCAAGGGCAAAUCAUGUGGUGUAAAACGUGGGCCUGAAUUACCCAUUCAGGACAAAUUCAGUCACUGGGAAAAAGCAUCUCCAUGGCUAACUGCUAUAAAUCCCAGAGAUGCAAAAAUGCCUGAAAAUGGGGAUGAUGGCUUUUUCCCAACCACUGGCAAUGAGUUGAAACCAGAAGUGGUUAAUUCCAGUCGCAAAUAUCGUGUCCGGGUUCUGGUAUGCGCUCCAUCAAACUCUGCACUUGAUGAGAUUGUGUUGCGUGUUCUAAACACUGGUAUUCGUGAUGAAAAUAAUCGUGCAUACAAUCCUAAAAUUGUGCGGAUUGGUCUUAAGCCGCAUCAUUCCGUACAGGGGGUCUCCAUGGAUUACCUUGCAGAACAAAAACUUGCAGGCAUGGACUUUCAGACUGCUGAUAAAGAGAAGCAUGGCGGUGCAGGAAGGAAUAGAGACAUUAUCCGUGCUUCAAUUUUGGAUGAGGCAGUGAUUGUGUUCUCGACCCUUAGUUUCAGUGGUUCAACUCUCUUCAAUAAAGUAAAACGUGGUUUUGAUGUUGUUAUAAUAGACGAAGCUGCUCAAGCUGUGGAGCCGGCAACACUCGUCCCAUUGGCCAGUGGAUGCAAGCAAGUGUUUCUGGUUGGUGAUCCAGUUCAAUUGCCAGCCACUGUAAUUUCUCCAGUAGCUGAGAAGUUCGGAUAUGGCAUGAGCUUGUUCAAGAGAUUCCAGAUGGCUGGCUACCCAGUAAUGAUGCUGAAGACCCAAUAUCGCAUGCAUCCAGAGAUAAGAAGCUUUCCUUCAAGGGAAUUCUAUGCGGAGGCGCUGGAGGAUGGGCCUGAUGUUGAAGUCCAGACAAAGCGUGCUUGGCAUAGAUACCGCUGCUUUGGACCUUUUUGUUUCUUUGACAUACAUGAAGGGAAGGAGUCCCAGCCCUCGGGAAGUGGCUCUUGGGUAAAUGAGGAUGAGGUUGAUUUUGUUCUACUCAUGUAUCAUAAAUUGGUGACUAUGCAUCCAGAGCUCAAGUCAAGUUCUCGACUUGCAAUUAUAUCUCCAUAUAGACAUCAAGUCAAGCUCUUCCGUGAGCGCUUUCUAAAUACUUUCAAGGUGGAGUCGGAAAAAAUAGUGGAUAUUAACACUGUUGAUGGGUUCCAGGGAAGAGAAAAAGAUGUUGCAAUCUUUUCAUGUGUUAGGGCGAGCAAAGAUAGAGGCAUUGGGUUUGUGGCUGACUUUCGGCGAAUGAAUGUUGGGAUAACCAGAGCAAGGUCUUCUGUACUGGUGGUGGGUUCGGCAUCGGCUCUGAAGAAAGAUAAGCAUUGGCAAAACCUAGUGGAGAGCGCAGAGCAUAGAAAUUGUCUUUUCAAGGUUUCCAAGCCAUACGCGGAAUUUUUCAGCGAGAAGAACAUUAAAUCCAUGGAGGUGAAGCAACGGGGGGGCAUGACAGAGGGCACCGAAGCUCCUCCUGAUAGAAUGGAAAUGGAUGCGCCUGUGUUUGGUAAUGCCGGUGAUGCGGAACAAGGGCCAGCAGAGGAUGACUUUGGAGAUGGCGAUGGAGAAGGGCUUGAUGGGGGCUUUGACGAGGACUAAAGUCCGACUAUGUGAAUACUAUCCUAUCCGGUGCCAUCAGUUUAUAGUCCAUUACAGCAUUAGAGCUUGAUUUAAUUAUCACCCUAUUGGCCUCUGCUUCAUAACGUUUAUUAUUGAGUUAAAUUAUUUUUUGUCACAUGUAAAUUAUUAUUUUUACCUAACAAAAAAUAAUUUACUUUUUGGUGAUGGCAGCUACAUUUGAGAUCACUUAGCUAUUUGAUAAGUGGAAAUAAGAUUAUAAGGCUUAGCAAA